CAGACCUUGAUCCAGUGGUCUGGCGCAUCACUUGGCUCCCCUGCUCGACCCAUGUCUGCAACUUGAUGUUGUCAGACAUUGGGACACAAGUGGGCUGGGCAGUUGACACCAUCAUCCGUGCACGAGCGAUGGUGCGAUUUAUUAAAUUGCACGUCGCAACUCUCGCCCUUUACAAGAGGAAGAGCCCGCAUGUUUCGCUCGUUCAGCCAGUUGAGACUCGUUUCACAUCAGUUUUCGUGAUGCUGACUUGUCUCCUUGGGAGAUGCGACUCGUUGGAGGUGAUGUUGCAUGAUGACGCCUGGGCGAGUAUCCCGUGGGAGCGGAGGCUGCUGCCCCAGUUCUCGAUCGGUGUGAUGGAGCCCAUCCAUCAGCUCCUGAGGCGGAUGAACAGAAGAGGGAUGAUGAUGUCCAUCGUCUACGAGUGGAGCCGUCAUCUCAACGUUCAGCUUCUGACGAAGAUGGACGAUGUGUCGGCUGAUCGUCUGACCCCGUGCGUGCGAGAGGUCAGGAUGCGGCUCAUGCACUUGUUGGAGCCCGUGCACGUUGUCGCUCAUCUCCUAAGCCCCCGUCGACGGUCUUUGAGGUACUACGAGUCACUGCACACCACCACGGAGGAUGCAGAGGUUGUACAGGAGUGUGAUCGUUUUCUCCUUGACCAGACUGGAGGUGAUCCGACAGGCAGGGAUUACGUCGUUGUCCGUGACCAGAUGCGUCGAUUCCAUGCGCGCAGAGGAGACUGGGGUGAUCGGCUGGUAUCGGAUGUCGAGGCGGAGGAUUGUCAGGGCGAUCAGGAGACGCACCAUUGCGCGGCAUGGUGGUUUGCCCACAGGACUGCCCACCCAAAGUUAUGUGCUAUCGCUAUCCGUGUGAUGCACAUGUGGACGUCAGCCUCUUCUGCGGAGAGGAAUUGGGCGGCCCACGAGAACAUUCAGACGGCAAAGCGGGGCAAGCUUGGCUUCGCCAAGCUGGCACAACUGGUUGAGAUUAAGACAAAUCUCAAAUCGGCCUCCUGUAGGCAGCAGGGUUGCAGCGAUCGAGAGAUCAGGAGGCAGAUCGAGGUUUUCCACAAGGACGACACAAGCCGUUCACGAGAGGUUUCAGCUGUAUUCGGGGAUAGGGCGGCCACUCUGCUCCCUUACGACCAUGUGCCUCCUCCCCCAUCCCGGGGAGUAGCAGAGGGUUCUGCGGCAAUCGAUCAGGAUGGAGAGUACGAUUGGACGAACGCAGAGGACGUUGCGGGGGGCACAAAUAGGACGACCGAGCAGGUAUACUUCACGUACGUGGGCGGAUCGGACGGCCAUGCACCGCGGAUGUCCAUCAUCACGGACGAUGUUGCAGGCGGGGCACAAGGUCGUGCCACUCGACGACCCCAUGCGGGUCGAGGUCGUGGCGUUAUUGCUCACUACGCUCCCCCGCACGCGAGGAGAGCCUUAGGGGUGGACUCGAGUGACGAGGACGAGGGCGAGGCAGCUGACGAUGACCGCCUUUGGGACCUUCGGUUGGAUCCGAGCCACCACUCUAGGGAGCGGUUAGAGCAGCUUCGACGGUUGCACAGGUUGGCAGAGCGUAGCGGUCCGGCGUCUCAGCAACCUCAUGACAGACCCAUUGUGGACGGGACUCCGUCACACAGCGGCCCCGCUCAGGCCGUGACAUCGGACCUGCGCACCAGCGAUUUCGAUAUCGCGGGUUCGCAUAGGGGCUCGCCUGUCUUACGAUGCAGAAUGGGUAACAAAGCUGAGUACAGGACGGAUCCCCCCUCCCAUGUUGAGGGUCCUGGUGCUGACACAUGCGGAUUGGACGCUGGCGACGGGGGGCAGGCAGAGGUGCGAUGCGAGGGUGGUGAUGUUGGGGGUCUUGAGACAGUCGGGGCAGACUCACGAGCUAAGAGCUCCAACGACGACGAGGAGUGUGAGACCGCAGAGGCUAUCGUACACGAUGUUGUAGUUGGCAUAUGCGCGGCUGACACAGAUGGCGGGAUUCAUGGAGGGGAGGAUGAGAUGGUGGAUGAGGGGGGUGUACCUUUGGCUCAUGACGCAACACAGGUUGAGGAGGAGUUGGUGGACGAGGGCAGUGUCCCUUUGGAGGUUGACGCAGCACAGGUUCCCGAGGAGAUGGCGCGGGUCGAAGGCAGUGCGCCUUUGGAUGAUGACGCAACACAGGUUGAGGAGGAGGGAGCAGCGGUCCACGCAGGCCACAGUGCCCCGUCGGUGCGAGAUGGUGGGCACUCCGGGGAGAUGCCUCAGUGGGAUGGCGGGGAACCGGGGGAGUGCACACCGACCCCUUUGCAUCCGGAGCAGCUGGAGAGGUUGGGGACGGAGGACCCUUUCCCGUUCACCGGUGGACAGCCCUCGCCUCCCGCAUGGGCACCAGUGAGCCCUGGGUGGACUGGAUCAUCGCAGUCCGACAUCCGCGAGCGGGAGUCCUUGGACAGACAGGCGGUAGUGCUUUCAGGCGGGGUUGCCAGCAGCCAUGUGCCGCCACUUUKACGCCCUUUAGCUCGAGCAUUGCAUCAGGGACCGACGCUGGCCACAGGUCUUCCACCGACUGGUGGUAGAGGCAGCGGGCAGGGAUUUUCUUCGAGUCAUCGACGUGGUGUUUUUGUGGGGUGGUCAUCUUGCAAGCGAGUGACGGACAGUUUGAGGAGGGACUACGAUAGAGGACAGGGGCUGUUCGCACGAGAACCAUCCGGGGAGGGAGGGCCUGCAGCGGGUGCGAUUGAGGCUGGACGACCGAGUGUCCACAGAGCAGGACGUAUACUCCGAUUGGAUAGAGUUGGGACGAGGAGGACCGAGAGGGUGGUGCCGCAUCCGGCCCGAUCAGCCAUGGAAGACAGACGGCAGGGACUGCUGUUCACAUCGAGCGAGGAUGACUUGCAUAUGCUACAGGGGUCGAGACAUCAUGGCUCGAUCAUUGAUCUUGAGGCGGAGAUUGAUGCUGAGCAGCAGCGGUUGGCGGAGCUGAUUCGAGAGCGUGAGAGGAGGUCGGAGACGGAGGCACAGGCCGAGGAGGCGGACAUCGGGACUGAGCUCAUCGAAACUCGGAGCGUGGCUGAAGAUGACGCGGUGGUGGGAGUGCUGGUGGAAGGGGUGGGCGGAGGGAGAGAGGAAGGUGCUGACGCCUCAUUGUGCUAUCAGCAGACGCGACUCCGGCAUCGAGCACUGUAUGUUGUGGACCGGGAGCAGGAUGAUGAAGAAGAGCAGAGCUAGCAAUGCGAGAAAUGCGAGGUACGCAAGGAAUGUGUACGCCGCUAGUUCCAUUGUUGCCCUCCCACUCUUCGCUUCGACGACCGCCAUGGUGUCGAAGUCUUCGGUGCGAUCCACUGUCUUCACGGGAGUCCACAGUAUCG